AUGGCACCUCCACGCGUCCGUCGCGCCCACCGCGCCCAACCGGCACCCGAUGAACAGUCCACGGAGCAACAACAACACAGUAGCAACAAUGAUGCCGACGAGGGCGAGACGAUCUUCGUCGACCUCAUCAUGGGCACCCCGCUCUCGAUGUUCGUUGAGAAAGACGUUCCCGAUCGGGAGGCUAUCGUCGAGUUGAUCAACAAUCAUGGAGGCAUCGUGGCGCCCGGCUACAGCGGCGUGUCGUAUAUCCUCGUCGACCCUCAGCAAGAAUCUGGUCAAAAUCUGUACCGACAAUACGUCGGGAAGAAGGGCAAGGUUGUCCUCGAUGCUCGUUGGAUCCAGGAAUGCGUCAAAGCAGGCGCCCUGCAAACAUUCCAGCACAACUGGGCGGGCUGCAAAGUGACUGGAACAGAAACCGUCGUUCCUCGGCCUACUCAACCUGUACCCGCUCCAGCCUCGAUCCAGCCCGGUCCAACUACCUCGCCCUCUAACAGCUCCGAGGCCAUACCACAAGCGAUUCCUCCGUUGCAAACACAAACGGUUCCCGGUCCAUCUCAGACCCAACCUCGUCGGCGGCGUACUGCGCAACGUCAACAACAAGCACAACCGACGCAAAUCCAGCCAGCCGCGCCCAUCCCCCAAUCUCAAGCCCCACCACAACCACAACAUCACCCGGUCCAGCCCGUACCCGGUCCCUCCAUUCCGAACGUCGACCCUCAGCUCCAGCUCCCACAAGCACCUCCCCCUCACCAACCCCAGCCUCAGCCCCAGCCACAUGUCGCCCACCACGCCCCUCCGCAUCACAUGCAAAUCCCAGCCCCUCCUCCUCCGCACACCUUCUACCCUCAACUGUUCGUACCCCCUCCUGUCCCACAUCAAGAUCCCGCGGUGCCCACAGCGCAACACACCCACCCCUGGCAUGGACACGUUGCCCCACACCAGAUGCACCACCACCCCGGCCCGCACAUGAUGCCUGCCCGCCCUCCGGAAUGGGGCGCAUACCACCCUCAAGCCCAACCCCCUCCGCAAAACGCGAACCCUACUAUGGUGGCACCUAGCCCGUACGACUACAGAUACACCGAUGACCGUACAGCCACUGGUGCACCCGCUCCAUGGGUUAAUGGGCCGAACGAUUACUACGAAGAACCCUACCACACCGCCUACCAAACUCAGGAUCCGUACAUGGAAGAACCUGCCCCCGACCCAGCUGCAGAAGCUGCAGCUCAACCCGAACAGCCUGAUGUAGGAGUAGGACCCUCCUCAGAGCCUACCGACAAACCUCGCGGGCGGAAACGGGCACGCACACAGCCCGCCCCUGCACCUCCACCUACCGCGCUCGUGGCGAACCGGCGCAACCCGCCGCAGCGCUCGCCGACGCCUCCGACGCGUGUCAUCAAGAGCACUUACGGCGGCAACCUCUUCACCUCCGAUGACGUGCUCUACCUCAAAAAGUACAUCGACUACUGCCAGGAACAAGGCCUCGUCCUCUCCCUGCGCGAGAUUUGCGAACGUGUCGCGGUCAAGGCGCCUCACCACACGUUUUACUCAUGGAGAAGGUAUUGCAACAAGCACCAAAUCCGGCUCGGCGGGUAUGCCAUGGACAACACUCGUGCUCAAGACGGCACGGCCCCCGACGGCGGAGACGAAGAUAUGAUGCAAGACGGCGCCGACAUGGACAUGGACGAAGCGCCGUUUGGACCUGGGCCUUCCGCCCCCACCGCUGGUCCCUCUUCGUCCGUCCCUCGCCACGGUAUGCCGAUGGACAUGGAUCAGGACACGGACGGGCCCAGUGCCGCGAUCGACUUCGGGGUGGGCAUACCGACACUUGGUCAUGGCAUGACGCAGGGGGGCAGAGCGGGACCGGGAGGGCCUCAGAGGGACCGAUCGCCAACGCCGCCCAAGGCGCUGUUCCGGAGCACGACGGGGAAGGGCGUCGCGUUCACCGAAGAGGACACGCAGUUCCUGGUCAGGUUUUACGAGUAUCGGCAGUCACAAGGACGGAUGGAUAUGGUCGCCUUUUGGCGAGAUGUUGCCACGAAGGCUCCUCAUCAUUCCCGAGCGUCGUGGAUGAAGUUCUGGCGAAGGCAUAAGCACGAAUUCUUCCGCUCGGCGGAAGACGCCCCGCUGCCUCAGGCGCCGGAGAAGAAGAUGCGGUAUAGCCAUGCCGACGACGUCUUGCUCGCCAAGUUCUUCUUCCACCGGCCCGAGGGCACGAGCGAUAAGAUAUUCCAGAACUUUGCGCGAGAGCAUCCUCAUCAUCCAUGGAAAGGAUGGCAGGAACAUCAUCGCAUACACAAGGCCACCAUCGAUCAUUAUAUCCAGAAGCUCCAGAAGGGAGAGAAUAUCGAUGAGGAAGCCCCACCACCGAAAUGA